CGCACACUCGCAAUUCACACUUAGAGUUCCUUCCGUCUGCUCAAAAUGUUUCGCGGAUUGAUAUGUUUUGCUUUAGUUUGGUACUUUAUGUCACAAUGUGUUCUAUCAGUAUCCGACGAGCUACCGACAGACUGGCGGAACAGGCUCCACCCAUCCAUAACAUCCGAAAAACGCAUGUCACAGAGUGAUAUCAUUUGGGUCAACGAUACCAUGGAUAACGGAAUGUUUGCGGCACCCAGCCUCAACGAUACAGCCAGCAGCAGCCUCUAUUGGCCGCGGAACGGACGUUGCAUACCUUAUUCAUUACAUCCUUCCGUUGAUCACAGUCUCCGGAUGCAAAUACAAACUGCCAUGAAAACAAUUGAAAGACGGACAGAAUGCUUGAGCUUCACGCCACGUACCAAUGAAUCCGAGUACAUUCAGAUCACCUCGUAUGAAAGGCAAGGCUGUGAAUCCGAAAUUGGCCGGAAGAUCGGCAGAGCAACACGCACCAACCUGGGAAAAGGUUGCUUGGACCAGGGCACUAUUCUCCAUGAAUUGCUUCAUGCAUUAGGAUUUUACCAUGAACAAAAUCGUCCUGACCGUGACAAGACAACCACAACUACCGCCGUUCCGAAAAAACUCUCUACAGUCAGCAGGACAUCCACGACUAACUCCGCGCCAAGCAACCGUGUUUCUAGUGACGAUCAUGUGACGUCCAACCUGGAUGCGGAGAUAUUGACUAGUGUGCCAAAUUUUAAAGAAUUACCCGCACUCAACCAACAAUUUCCAGUGAGGGCCACUGAUGUUGUUAAAAAAUUUAAUGUGGAUCCGAGUAAUUGGGAGUACUACUUGCCCAUGCAUGUGGACAAGCACUCAGCUAUUCGGAUCCAUUUAGAUCCGAAAUUUAUGCUAGUAGUUUAUCAACGUUAUCAAUGUGAUUGCAGUUCAGGGAACCGUCUACUACAGUUUCCGACCACUCCCAGCCGGACAAAACUUUUAUAGCAUAGCUUUGGGUCGGUUAGUAUUGUACGUCUUCGAUCGUCAGGUCCUUUUAGGACAAGGAGAUUCCCGCUUCGUGUAUGAACACCAAAUACGAACACCUGCACACAGUCUGAUUCGUUUUAACUGUUCUAAAUUGACACACUGGUUGUCGUUUUCGUCCGGACUUGACCUUCCAUAUCUCAAAUUUGGAUACGGUGAAGUUGUGGAAGCUAAUGUUUUAUUUUAUUUUUCCCUCAACACGAAAACUCUUACCAACCCGAGGACCUGGUGGACCGGCGAACCGGACGUCGUAAGCAUUGCCGAUAAUGUCGUUUUUGUUGGUAAAUCCGGUUGGAGCAACCUACCACUUAUGGAAGACCUUUCCCCUCUCCUUUUUGACACAAAUCAGCCUACGCUACUCCAUCCUCUAUUAGACCGAAGUGAGGGCCUGAUCGACCCUGUCACUGCUUGGCUCUACGAAGAGGUUAAGCCAUUUCAACUGCCUGAUGAGGCGAUCUCGGCCCUCACAUAUUCAAUGGACACUCCGGGUUGCGCACUGCACAAGAUCUUGGCCAACCAAACCGACAACAGGCACGUGUAUUUUUACACUUUCAUACCAGCACAUCUAACGGAAGGUUUCAUGGUAAUGGAGAUUUGGCCCAAGGGGCACUAUAGCGGCGUGCAUGAUCAUGGUCGUGCAGUUUCAGUGAUCAAGAUCUUACACGGCACGAUUAAACUGGAGUGGUACAAUCCGAUCGCCAGUUGUUCCGAGAAGCCUGUGCUAGUAAAAUCGCAGGAGUUUUCUGAGGGUGACCUCACGUGGACGAACCCCGAUAUGUACCAAACACACCGGGUGACCAAUGAAGGCGGUAAAACUGUCGUCGUUUUUGUUCAACUCUACCAAAAUGCAGGAUUCAGAGAUCACGUGAAACGAUACCAAGGAAAAUCGGGUAGCCCAUACACUGAUGAUAUAUCAUCCGCGUGGAAUAUACCAUACUCUAAAAUGGACGGCGACAUUAUGCAAGAAUACAGGACUCAACAAUGUUAAAAACUACUUGCAAAUAUCAACAAUGUUUUACGCAUCUACGCUUAUCGAUCUAUUCAGGAAUUGCGAAGUCGGAUGAUUGACAUCAGAAUCUUUCUUUUGGGGUAACGAAAAAUUAAUCAAAUACGUAAAUAUGAUUACAGAGUAUACAGUGCAUUAUGAGCAGAAUCAAGUUGCUUCGCUGGAUUGGUGUGGUGUUGAGAAUAAGCCUAGCAAGUAUCUCAAAUAAUUGUUAUACCAAAAACAAAUAGCUACCUAUUCGCAUAGAAGCUUGAAUUUCAGUGCAGUGCGUUACAUUCUGAUCCAGUUUUAUAAUUCUGAUGUGUCAAGACAAGGCAGUUACAGAUACAUGUUUUGCAUUUUGUUAUGAGCAAUAAAAUCUUCCACACAUUCUACAUAAGUUCGUGAGAAGCUGAAAACACAAAGCGAAUUACACAGCAACAUCUACAGACACAGGCGGGCGAAUAACAGAAAAGAUUUUGUCUAAAUUCGCCGCCGGUGGUGCUGCUCCCAUUAUAAAGAGAUGCUGUACAUGCUGCGUUUACUCGGUGAAUUUCGAUGCUGAUCCGUUGAUGCAGAAACUCUAGUGCUCGCGGUUCGUCUGAUUGCUGCUGGAUCAUCUUUCCUAGCACUUUAAGCAGCCGGGUGGUUUCUGGUCCGAAUGGUCCGUAGGUCUCGAAGGCCAGAGGAGACAACCAGUAAUCCUGGGUGAAGUUGCGGUAUUUCUCGGUCCUGCUCCGCUCGGCUGGCGCUGCUUCAGUCCGGCUCGAAUAGAUAU